GGAGAUCAUGAAAUGUUUUCACGCUAAGAAAAUAAACGUUUUUACUUUAUUUUUCAUCAAUUUUCUAUUCUUCCCACAGGUUUCUCCAUCAGCAGCUUCCGGUGAGCUAUCACAAAAAGAUGUCUUCCCAUACUUCUUUCGAACGGUGCCAGCGUUAUCCGCUGCUAACCGUACAUUCAUCACCAUUGCCAAAAAGUUUUACUGGAACAGAAUAGCUAUACUGUACCAGAGUAGAGAGCUCUUUGCAUCCGCAGCAACAAGUCUAAGAGAAGAAUGCCACAAGAAUAACAUUGAAGUGAUCUCUUAUGGAAGCUUUUUGUUGGAUCCGAAUAGCCAAAUAAAACAUCUUAAGGAUAUUGAUGCAAGGAUCAUAUUUGGUUUCUUCAGUCAUUCAACCAUAGCAAUGUGCGAGAUUUACAAACAAAAGAUGUAUGGGCAUAAAUACGUUUGGGUAAUUCACACCCCUGAUAAAUAUGGCUGGUGGAAACGACUUUACCCCGGGUCUACCUGCACCCCAGAGGAAGUCAACGAAGGAGCUGAAGGGAUCUUUUACGUAAACUAUAUGUGGCUCAGCAGCUCACAAAAGACAACCGAGGCUGGUAUGACGCCGAAACAGUUCCAUUCGAAGUUCCUACAGCGGGCCCAAUUUAAGAAUUUGAACGACUCAGACUACAAGGGUUUUGCUUAUGAUGCAGCUUGGCUGGUCGCCCUCGCCUUAAACAGAACCGCCCAGAACCUGGGUCCGAAUAUCUAUCUUGACUCUUUGCCUUUUGGGGACAAAAAUUUCUCAAACUCCAUGAAAGAAAACCUUUUGUUAACAGAAUUUCAGGGAAUGACGAGUUUUGUGAAGCUGAAUGAAAAAGGCGACAGAUCAGGAGUGUUCGAAAUCUCUCAAUUAAUAGGAUCAGAGUUUAAAGCCAUCUGUAGUCAUGAUGUACGGGAAUCGUCCCUGGUCUUAUACCCUGGAGCUGACUUUCAUUGGGAAGGAGGAAGGGCACCUGCAGAUCGUCAAAGUGUACAUAAACAGUUGAAGACUAUGACUAUAACCAUGUUUAUCUUGAUGUGUAUCAUGUCUUCUUUGGGAAUCUGUUUGGCUUUUCUCUUCUUGUGCUUCAAUGUCAGAAAUAGGCGUAAGAGACUUAUAAAGAUGUCAAGUCCAAACCUGAACAAUGUCAUCAUCUUGGGUUGCAUUCUGUCGUAUUCUUCUGUCAUCCUUUUUGCAUUCGAUGGCGAUUACCUCACAGCUGAUCUUUGCAAGGCAAGGGCUGCUACUCUUUGCGUUGGAUUCACCUUGGUCUUUGGUUCCUUGUUUUCAAAAACUUGGCGCGUUCACAAGGUUACAAGGAUAGUCAGCGCAAAGCAAAAGGUUAUCAAAGACUGGCGUCUUUUCGGUGUCGUUGGCGUACUUAUUUUCAUAGAUGUCAUAUUCCUUUUCAAUUGGAAUUUUUUGGAUCCUCUCCAGAUGAAAACCAAAUAUCUACCCACCUAUCACGACCCUGAAGAUGAUAACAUUCUCCAUGAGCCGUACAUGUACAUUUGUGAGGUGAACAACAUUGCAAUCUGGUUGGGCUUGUUAUACUCCUAUAAAGGGAUCUUACUGCUGUUUGGUCUGUUUCUGGCUUGGGAGACCAGAACCGUCAAUAUUCCAGCACUGAAUGAUUCUCAACACAUUGGUAUGGCCGUUUACAAUGUGGUUAUAGCAUGUGUUGUGGGGACUCCUGUUGUGACGUUUGUUCAAGACAAGCAGUUUGAAGCAUCCUUUAUUGUCACGGCUACCUGUAUUCUUUUCAGUACGACUUCUACAUUGUGUAUCGUGUUUGUACCAAAGAUUGCAGCCCUCAGAAAGAGUAGCCAAGAUGGCGAUUACCGUUUGCGGACGUGCACUAUGAGUUCCAUGGAGGCUCGAGGUGGUUCCAUAAAGGAUGCAAACAGAUGCUCAUGUUCUCGUAAAAACACCACUAGCAAUGAAGAAGAGCUGCAACGGCUUAGGGACUUGUUGAACAGGCUUCAACAAGAAAAGCAACGAAUGCUACAGAGCGAUGGGAGCUACAGCACGCAACUGUGACAAAUCAUUACAACAGAUUAACGAUAUGUAAUUAGGAUAAGAAGUUCGAAAUCUGCAGUCAACCGAGGCAAAUUUGGUAAAUUCCAGAGA